AUGGAUCGCAGGGCGGCGAAGCUGGUGGCCGUCGUCGGCGCCGGCACGAGCGGGCUCGCCGCGUGCAAGCACCUCCUGGCGCGGGGCUUCCGCCCGGUGGUCUUCGAGGCGGGCGCCUCCAUGGGCGGCCUGUGGACGCGCACGCUCGCCUCCACCAGGCUGCAGUCGCCCGCCGCGGGGUACCGCUUCUCCGACUUCCCGUGGCCGGAGGGCGCCGACGCGUUCCCGCGCCACGAACAGGUCGUGGAGUACCUCGCCGCCUACGCGCGCCGCUUCGGCGUCGACGGGUGCGUCAGGUUCCGGAGCAAGGUGGUGGCCGCGGAGUACGUCGUGGCCGGGGCGGACGACGCGGAGCUGUGGGCAGGCAACGGCGAGGCGUUCGGCGGCGACAGAGCGGGCCGGUGGCGCCUCACCGUAAGGCACGCCGAUGACUCCCAAGACACCACGCAGACGUACGAGUUCGACUUCCUGGUCCUGUGCAUCGGGAGGUUCAGCGGCGUGCCCAACGUCCCGGCGUUCCCGCCCGGCGGCGGGCCCGACGCGUUCCGCGGGCGGGUGCUCCACUCCAUGGACUUGUCCAACAUGGACGACGCGGACGCCGCCGCGCUGGUCAGGGGCAAGCGCGUCGCCGUCGUCGGCUCGGGCAAGUCCGCCUUCGACAUCGCGGCCGAGUGCGCCGACGCCAACGGCGCCGAGCUGCCGUGCACGAUGGUCUGCAGGAGCCCGCAGUGGCUGCUGCACGACGUCAGCGUCUGGGGCAGGCUCCACGUCGGGUACCUCUACAUGAACCGGUUCGCGCAGCUCAUGGUCCGCAAGCCCGGCGCCGGCCUGGCGUCGAGCCUCCUCGCCACCUUGCUCACGCCAUUGGCGUGGCUGAUAUCGAAGCUGACGGAGGCGUACUACAAGAGAGCGAUACCGCUGCGGGAGUACGGCAUGGAGCCGGAGCUGGGGUUCGCGGGGGCCAUCGCGUCGUGCAAGAUCGGCAUGCUGCCCGAGGCGUUCUACGACAAGGUGAGGGGCGGCGGCGUCGUCAUCCGGCGGUCGGGGAAGUUCAGCUUCUGCGAGGACGGCCUGGUGCUGGACGGCGGGCGCGUCGUCCCCGCCGACCUGGUGAUCCUCGCCACCGGCUUCCGCGGCGACCAGAAGCUCAGGGACAUGUUCGUGUCGCCCCAGGUGAAGGACAUCGUCGCCGGCUCGCCGGGCACCACCGUGCCUCUCUACCGGGAGUGCGUGCACCCUCGGAUCCCGCAGAUGGCGGUGAUCGGGUACGCGGAGAGCCUGACCAACAUCUACGCGAUCGAGAUGAUGGCCAAGUGGGUGGCGCGGUUCCUGGACGGCGCGUUCCGGCUGCCGAGCGUGCGGCGGAUGGAGCGGAGCGUGGCGGAGUGGGGCGCGUACAUGAGGCGGAGCGGCGGGGAGAGGUUCCGGCGGUCGUGCCUCGGCGCCGUCAACAUCUGGUACAACGACGAGCUGUGCCGCGACAUGGGCUGCGACCCCAGGAGGAAGAAGGGCCUCCUCGCCGAGUGGUUCCAGCCCUACGGCGCCGUCGACUACGCCGAUAUCCAGUGACGCUUUUUCCGCGGCAUGAGAGCAGAUUGCAGACGUUGUUCAUUUGAAUUUACCGGCAGGAAGAGGAGGGUUCCAUCCUACUCCAUUUUCGCACAGGUACUGGCAUGGCUGCUUCCAUCGAUCUUGUGCCACACUCACAACCCUCCAGGUUCCAGCCGGAGACAUGGGGGUUGACUGGUUGAGCACAGGAGCCAGGAGGAACAAGUAGUUUGCAGACUGGCUGCUCCGUUAUGGACGAGCGGAUUACGCUGACAAUAAUCAAACUGAAUGUUUUCACCAGGUUCUGUCCCGUGGACAAAUCAUAUGCAGUUGUGAUUCAAAUCCAGAAA